AUGGCAGCUACGCGGAACAUCAAGUGUGUCGUGGUAGGAGACGGUGCCGUAGGAAAGACAUGUCUUUUGAUCUCAUACACUACCAACGCCUUCCCAGGCGAAUACGUCCCAACAGUAUUCGACAACUAUUCAAGUCAAGUGAUCGUAGAUGGAAUGACAGUCUCUUUAGGUUUGUGGGAUACCGCAGGUCAAGAAGAUUACGACCGAUUAAGACCUCUAUCAUACCCUCAAACAGACGUUUUCUUACUUUGUUUCUCGGUAGUAUCGCCAGCUUCUUUCGAGAACGUAAGAACGAAAUGGUAUCCUGAAAUUCAACACCAUUCCCCCGGAACACCUAUCAUCCUCGUCGGUACUAAGCUCGAUCUUCGUGACGAUCCUUUACAACUUGAGAAAUUGAGAGAUCGAAGACAAGCUCCUAUCCAAUAUCCCCAGGGAUCGGCCAUGGCAAAUGAUAUCAAAGCUGCUAGGUAUCUCGAGUGUUCAGCUUUAACACAAAAGAACCUCAAAUCAGUAUUUGACGAAGCUAUCCGUACCGUCCUCAACCCAAAUCGACGUGCUGGUAAAGCUAAGAAAUCCAGCGGUUGUGUACUCAUGUAA